AUGUCGUCAGACCAAGCAAAAAUCGAAUUUCUCACGGUUAUAUCGAAGAAGGAUUCUUUUGGAUCGGCCUUCUUCCCGGUCUCCCAGUAUUCCGACCUUAAUCUGCCUGACAAAUUGUUAAUAGCUAUCAAUCAAAAAGGAGUGCAUCUUUACAACAGCGAAACGAAAACGUUAAUCACUCAGUAUCCAUUCAAUGUCAUUUGCAACUGGACAAGUGGCAACACCUACUUCAACAUGACAGUUGGAAAUGGAAUAAGGGGCAAUGAGGGGAAGAAGCUACUCCUCGACACUACUAUGGUAAGGCUACACUAG